CUCUCCUACCUCAGUACACUCGAGUUCUGUCAACACAUGGAAACUGCAGAAGAUCAACAGAACCAUGGCUUCCAACCUGAGCUGUGGCUUCCAUGACAUACACGAGAGUGUGCGACGUGUCAGAAAAGUCUUGAUUCAGUGCGUAAGAGGAGCCAGUCGGAGAAGUUUCCCUAGUGCGACUCACAAGAACGAUUUUGCACUUGGGGAUUCCACUUUAGCAUUCCCCGAAUCUGGGAAAACCUUGACAAAACAGGAGGAGCUAAGAGACCACAACAUUCCCUUUUCGUCGUUCUUGACGGACAACUUUGGCCGGAGACACAAUUACUUACGCAUCUCCUUGACUGAGAAAUGCAACCUGCGCUGCCAGUACUGCAUGCCAGAGGAGGGCGUCAAGCUUACACCAAGAGGCCAGCUUCUGGGUACGACUGAAAUACUGACCCUAGCCCGCCUCUUUGUCAAAGAGGGCGUAGAGAAGAUUCGUCUCACUGGAGGAGAGCCGCUCAUCAGACCUGAUGUGCUGGACAUCAUCGCUGAAUUGAGGAAGUUGGAGGGUCUGAAGACUAUUGCGGUGACAACAAAUGGCAUAAACCUGGCCAGACUACUGCCCCUGCUGAAAGAUGCGGGCCUCGACCUGAUCAACAUUAGUUUGGACUCACUAGUCCCUGCUAAAUUUGAGUUCAUUGUGAGGCGAAAAGGGUUCCACAAGGUUAUGGAAGGCAUUGAUAAGGCUAUUGAAAUGGGAUACAAUCCAGUCAAGGUCAACUGUGUGGUCAUGCGAGGCCUCAACGAAGACGAACUGCUUGAUUUCGUAGCUCUGACAGAGAAGAAGCCUCUGGAAGUGCGCUUCAUCGAAUACAUGCCAUUUGAUGGCAACAAAUGGAACUUCAAGAAGAUGGUGAGCUACCAGGAGAUGUUGGAUCACAUUAAACAGCAGUGGCCUGACCUGGAAAUGCUUCAAACUGGAAAGUCGGACACAGCCAAGACAUUCAAAGUGCCAGGCUUCAAAGGGCAGGUGGGCUUCAUCACCUCCAUGUCUGAGCAUUUCUGCGGCUCAUGUAACCGCUUACGCAUCACUGCAGACGGCAACCUCAAGGUGUGUUUAUUCGGCAACUCUGAAGUAUCCUUACGAGACAUGUUACGUUCCGGUGCAUCAGAUGAAGAAUUGUUGCAAAUAAUCGGCGCUGCAGUGGGCAGGAAGAAGAAGCAACACGCAGGCAUGUUCAACAUCUCUCAAAUGAAGAACAGACCUAUGAUCCUCAUCGUUCCAGACAGCCAAGCACCUUCAUCAAACGACAUCCUGGAGGGUUUCCACUUUGUCACUAAGGGUGUUAAAGAAGCUCUUAAGUGCCAGUCAGGCGGAGAAGAAGUCCCUAAUAGAGUAAGCCUUAUGUGCCUUCUAGACACAACUGCUUCAGCACUUGCGGGCUGCUGCUCAGCAAAAAUAAUGAGUGGUUUCUCAUAUCUUGAUGGAAGGAUCAAAACACUGCAGCACUUGUCUGACAUAAAAUUUUGUCACACUGUACCUUGGUAUCACACUAACACUGAUAAUCUUAGCUGCUUAACCAGACACUUACAAAUAAAAAUCACAGUAAAAAGUACCCAAUACAGUAUCAGACAAUAUCACAAAAACACCUCUAUCCAAGAACCCCACAUCUCACAGUCUGCAAGUGAGACAAGCAACUCUCACCUGGACGGUACCCCAGAAGCCCAGCUGACGCACACAGACGCCCAAGGCCGAGCACGCAUGGUGGAUGUUGGCGGUAAAGCCCCAACGCGUCGAAUAGCCACGGCCCGUGCAACUGUCCUUUUGGGCCCCGUUGCCUUUGGGCUGCUGCGGAAAAACCAGCUUGCUAAGGGCGACGCCAUGGCCGUGGCUCAGCUGGCCGGUAUCAUGGGGGCUAAACAUACCUCGGCCCUCCUCCCGCUCUGUCAUCCGCUCCCUUUAGACCACGCCUCAGUCACCCUGCAUUUGGAAGAGCAGAACAACGCUGUGGUUGUCACCGCGACCUGUCGCACCACCGGCAAGACAGGUGUCGAGAUGGAGGCUUUGACUGCCGUUUCCGUAGCAGCUCUGAAUGUUUAUGACAUGUGUAAGGCUGUGAGCCAUGACAUUAUCAUUACUGACAUAAAACUACUGAGUAAGACUGGCGGGAAGAAGGACUUUCUACGACCUUCGACCUGAAUCAAUGUCUUGCACGCCAUACUGACAGCGCUUUUCUGAACUGUGUGAUCUUUGAGCUCAUUACCCCAAAAUUUAUUGACUUCCUCCUUUUUAUAGUACAAAUACAGUGGACCCUCAUGAUACGAGCACAAUCUGUUCCACAACCACGCUCAUAACGUGAAUGUACUUACAUCAUGAAUGCAUUUUCUCCAUAAGAAAUAAUCGAAUUCCUGUGCGUUUCAAACUUUUCAUGACUCGUUACCCCUAAAUAAUAAUUCAAGGCAUCAUUUUUUAGGCUAAAUAACCUGAAAAGUAUUUAAAGCAUAAAAUCAAUGUUGUCUAUACAUAAGCACUUACCAGAUUGUAGAACUUGAAUGCUUUUAAUCAUUACAAAGAUCACUAACAUGCACUCACUGGAGAGGACUAGGAUGAGGCAAGAGGUGGGCAGAUGGAUGGAUUCUGUUGACGCAAGAUGCUUGUAUACCCUCUAGCGGAACGCUGAGACACUUGGGGAGACAAAGCAAGAGAGAGCUUGCAUGCCACCUGGCGGGAUGCUGAGGCACUCGGACAUACGCUUGUACAGUGGUACCUAUACUUACGAAAUAAAUUGGUUCUGGAAGUAGUUUCGUGAACUGAAAAAUCUGUAAGUAGGGACGCGUUUUCCAUGUAAAUGCUAAUCCGUUCCAAGCCCCCCAAAAUUCAGACAUACAGUGGGGCAAAUAAGUAUUUAGUCAACCACUAAUUGUGCAAGUUCUCCCACUUGAAAAUAUUAGAGAGGGCUGUAACUGUCAACAUGGUAAACCUCAACCAUGAGCAACAGAAUGUGGAUUAAAAAAACAGAAAAUCACAUUGUUUGAUUUUUAAACAAUGUAUUUGCAAAUCAUGGUGGAAAAUAAGUAUUUGGUCAAUACCAAAAGUUCAUCUCAAUACUUUGUUAUGUACCCUUUGUUGGCAAUAAUGGAGGCAAACGUUGUUUGUAACUCUUCACAAGCUUUUCACACACUGUUGCUGGUAUUUUGGCCCAUUCCUCCAUGCAGAUCUCCUCUAGAACAGUGGUGUUUUGGGGCUGUCGUUGGGCAGCACGGACUUUCAACUCCCUCCACAGAUUUUCUUUGGGUUGAGAUGUGGAGACUGGCUAGGCAACUCCAGGACCUUGAAAUGCUUCUUACGAAGCCACUCAUUUGUUACCCUGGCUGUGUGUUUGGAAUCAUUGUCAUACUGAAAGACCCAGCCAUGUGUUAUCUUCCUAUUGCAGAUUCAGUCUUCCAUACCUGGUGCAGGUCGACAAUUUUGUCUCUGGUGUCCUUCGACAGCUCUUUGGUCUUGGCCAUAGUGGAGUUUGGAGUGUGACUGACUGAGGUUGUGGACAGGUGUCUUUUAUACCGAUAAUGAGUUAAAACAGGUGCCAUGAAUAGAGGUAAUGAGUGGAGCCUCGUUAGACCUCAUUAGAAGAAGUUAGACCCCUUUGACAGCUGGAAAUCUUGCUUGUUUGUAGGUGACCCACUACUUAUUUUCCACUCUAAUUUGGAAAUAAAAUCUUUAAAAAUCAAAUAAUGUGAUUUUCUGUUUUUUUCACAUUCUGUCUCUCAUGGUUGAGGUUUACCCAUUUAGUCAAUUACAGGCCUCUCUAUUCAAGUAGGAGAACUUGCACAAUUGGUGGUUGACUAAAUACUUAUUUGCCCCACUGUAAGUCUUUUAUUAAGCAUGCAAAUGUUUUAAAACAUGUAACAAAUACAUGUUACAAUUAGUGCUGCACAAUGAACAUAAAAUGAGAGUUGUGCAUAAUGUAAAAAAAAAACAACAAUAAAGAAUAAAAGUUAAUACACUCACAUAAAGCUGUCGGAACACCUUAUGUCCUAUUGGGGCGAAUGAAAAGGACGCUAGGAUACACAUAUACACAUACAGUAGAGGUCCGUCUUAGCCAAUUAGAUGCCAUUAAGAUGCUAGGCAAUAGCCAAUGGCAGAGCAGCUCUAAGUAUGUUACGUUCAGUAAACUCUGGGAGCUGCAAGUAGCAGCUCAUACUGUAUUUUUGCCUUUCGUAUCCUGAAAUUUAUUUUGUUAACAAGAGGCAAUAUUUUCCCGUUGAGGCGUGUCGUUGCCUGAAAAUUCUGUAUGUAGAGACGUUCGUAAGUAGAGGUAACACUGUCUAGUGAAAAAUUAUUUGCCUAACAAAACUUAUUUGCUCUCAUGACGAUGCUCGUAUUGUGAAAAACUCGUGAGUUGAUUGUAUCAUGAGUGUCCUCUGUAUAUCCUACAAGUUUGAUAAUACAAUUGGAACCAAAUACAUUACAUCCACCUAAUUACCUUUCUCAAUUUGUAUUGCUACCAGAUACAAGAGUAACAUGUCAGAAUCUUUGUUAUAGCUUUGUAGGAGCUACAAAAUGCUAGGCUUAAUAAAGUUUUCACUUGAACGGGAGCUAUUCUUUCAUCUAUUUCCAUACAAUUUGUUAACCUGAAAAGUGUACCUAUUCUAUAUUAUAAAACCUACAAACUACCUUUAAUGGCUGAAUUGAUAU